GUAAUUAAUAUUCAUGAGGCAAAUUCGUACCUGGUUUGUUCAAUCGAUAAGAACACUCUUCUGCUGUCUGGACGCGUUGUGCAAGCUUUUUUGAAGAUAUUAUGUAAUAUAUAUACGAACAUGGAAGAGGAAGCCUGCAACAAUUUCAAAUCCUUAAGGGCAAAGUUUCAAGAAGAGAUCCAGGUGAGGUGCAGACCUGAGGUCCCUGAGAGACCCAAACGCCUCCCAAAAUCUGCCAUAAGCCGCUCUGGUCUGAUAACCAUGAGCCUGUGUUCAGCUGUGGAAACCAAGACCGCCAGUCAACCCCGGGUCAUUGUGAGAGAAGACCAGAAAACACCUUCAGGAAAACACCCUGUAUCGUUCCCAAGCACAGCAUCUGGAGAUGGGCCCAACAGGCAGUCACUUAAAACGUGGCAUUUGCCCCUCGUGUUGCCGCUUUCAGGCGAGCCAAAGCAUGACUCUUCCGCACCUCCUUCAAAGAGCAUCACCUCGCCUCUUAAAUGCAUCAUGAAACCAGUUCCUACACCUUUCAGCUCGACCAGAGUUUCACUGUGCGCUAAAGAAAUUGGCAAAAAUGGUCUGGGGCGUCUGAAGAACAGUGGCACUUUUAAUGUUCAGAUGCAAGAGUCCACCGUAAAGACUGCAAGUCCAGAAGCCGUGGAGGCCCAGCAGGCUAGGGUGUCAAAUCCCGGAUUGCUGGAUCAUCCACCUUCGCCAAAUGAUUCGCUGACAGAUCCGUCUUCUGGCAGUGUUACUCAUUUCUUUGACCAGCGUGUCCUGAGCCCACUAGAGAAAGCCAAGAGGAAGCUCUGUCAGAGGAACCUGUUGGUGUGUGGCAGACCAAAGGGCUUCUACUCCAGUAAAGCACAAGCGCAGCUCGCAGAAAGCCCUCCAUCGCCCACUGAAUCUGAGAGUUGUCAGAAGGUUAAUGGAGUAUCACACCGCAGCAUCUCUGUAAUGGAGCUCGGUGGAGUCAUGCAGCCUCCGAAAGCAUGCAAACCUCUUCCUGACCUGGCAUCCUUAGGCCCUACACCCUUAAAGCCACCUAGACCUCCACAUGUGGAUCUGAGCAAAUAUAAGACUGGAUUUCAUGUCUGUGAAACAAGCGAAGCACUUACUGUUGAAUCUGUUCCCGAGCCUGAGAUUGUGGCCACUGCUAAUGCAUCACUUGAGGACACAAGCGGACGCGUACCUCCCCCCGAAUUUCCAGAUUUUGACAUUUCUGCACCAGACGCCACAGACAGUAAUGCUAUAAACCUGGCGGCCCUGGAUUUAGGGGCCACUGAGUUUCCAGAGUUUGAUUCGUUGCCUCCACCUCCACUGCCAGAUGAAGACGGUGGCCUGCAUUCACAGGCUUUUUUGGUCCAGCAUUGUCCGGGUCAUUUUGGUCCAAAGAACAUGCAGUCAGAAGACGCUCCGUGUCAGUCCUCAGAGGAAAUGAGAAAAGUAGGGACCCUGGCGUCUAAUACAGAAUCGGUGACCUCUGACCUGAGACUGAAUGGAUCACACACGGCCUUCAACCCGAGCAGUGAACACCAGCUUCCAUCAGAACCAAUGAAUUCUCAACAAGAGUGUUUCCAUGAAACCUUUGGUAAUGUUUAUGAGGAUGUGGAAACAGUCCCCAGGUUUUCUUUUGCUCAAAGCUCGUAUAAGUGUAAAGGAGCUCCUAAGAAUCCGUAUGCUGAUAACAGCCUUGUGAAAGAAGAAACAUGGAGGAAUAUAUGGCAUGUCACUCAAUGGUCUAAUGCAGCUGACGAUCAAAAUGGCCAACAUGAUAGAAAGAAGCAGCUGAGCCCUGAACAUCUCGAGGAUAAAGAGCAGAAGAAGAAAGAGAGGCAGCGUCUGGAGAAGGAGAAGAAAGAACAGAAAGAGAAGGAUAAAAAGAGGAAUGAAAUGCACAAGAAAUUUAAAAUCACUGGACUGGAAGAGCCCAUGUAUCACGCCAGAGUGCUGGCGGACAGCAAACUGCGAAAGUACGACCUUCCCGUCAAAAGUGGGGAUCUCAUCAGCAUCAUCCGAACGGUCAGCUGCCCCAAGGGCAAAUGGCUAGCCAGAGACACCAACAACAGAUAUGGCUACAUAUCUGUGAUGCGGAUGGGUCACAUACUGAGUCAGAUCAAAGCGGUCUCUAUGCCUGAGAUGUUCGAUAGCAGCUCUUCUGCUCAUCAUCCUUUCAGUGACUGGAGUAUUGAAGACAUCCAGACACAUGUGGAUCUAAAUUUCACAUGGUUUGAUCUUUGCAGGUCCUCUCAUCAGAAUCCUGUGCUUACAAGUAGCUUCACUGAUGACAGCGAGGAAUGGAUGUAUGAAGAAGAUGACAUGUUGUCGCUAUCUGCUGAAAAUGUGAGUCAGAUCAAAGCGGUCUCUGUGCCUGAGAUGUUCGAUAGCAGCUCUUCUGCUCAUCAUCCUUUCAGUGACUGGAGUAUUGAAGACAUCCAGACACAAGAGGCAGAAAACUUCCAGUUUGCAGACAUUGAUCUCCUGCCGCCUCCAGCUCUUUACGCUGACUCUCUGUGAGCCGGUGGCAUGUGUCAGCAUGUCGUCUGAUGUUUGUCGGUCGGUUUCGGCCAAUGAAAGAAAUUGGAACCAGCAAUACAUACUGAUUUUUUUGUAUCUUUUAUUUUUCUCUCCACAGUGGCUUUAAAUGCAUUCCUCUGUCAUUGCCAAGGACUUCCACACAAGUGUUGCUUGCCCUUUAGUCUUCAAAUAAUCAAAUUAGAGUUAAUUCUCAAAUGCAAAGAGGAACAAAUGCUUAAAAGACAACUUACUCUAGCUGUUCAAGGUUGAAGUGUGACAUUUGCAUUGUGAGCGAGCCGAUUGAGAAUGAAUAACAGACAGUGGCAGCUUAGGGGUUUUAAUGAAACGGGGAUGUGGCACUUAUUCAUAUGAGCUAUUAAAUUGCAAUUGGGAAUGUUGGAAGUUGGUGGUUUGAUAACAUGUUUGUUUAAUAAUGAAAACACAACUUAAAUGGAAUAAAUGGAUGUGUAUACA